UCCCAGUGGAAGAUGGCGGUGGGGAUGCUGUCUGGGGCUGGAGCAGAGUACUGGAUUUGCACAAGAAGCGAACCCGGAUGGAUAUAAAGGAAGGAGGGGAGAAAAUGAACAUAUUCCCAUCUCUUCUCCUCGAGGUCUGGACUCUUUUGGGGUUGUUUCAGUAGAGUCCGAUGCCCUUUUUUUAAGGCAGGAAUCCGGGCUUCUUGUCGGGGAUUCACAGACUAUACACACUGAUAGCUCGGCGCAUAGACAGGGUGGGAGUGAAAAGUGGACGAAAAUGUCGGAUACAAAGGUAAAAGUUGCAGUGAGAGUUCGGCCCAUGAACCGCAGGGAAAUUGAACUGAACACAAAAUGUGUCGUGGAUAUGGAGGACAACCAAACAGUUCUUCACCCACCACCCUCAAAUGCAAAAGGAGAGAACAGGAAACAACCUAAGGUGUUCGCUUUUGACCACUGUUUCUGGUCCAUGGACGAGUCCAACGUUCCCAAAUAUGCUGGUCAAGAGGUGGUGUUCAAGUGCCUUGGAGAGGGAAUACUUGAAAAUGCAUUCCAGGGAUAUAAUGCCUGCAUAUUUGCCUAUGGACAAACAGGUUCAGGCAAGUCCUUCUCCAUGAUGGGGAAUGGGGAGCAGCCCGGUUUAAUCCCUCGGCUCUGCUGCUCUCUGUUUGAGAGGGUCCACAGGGAGACAAAUGAGGCCCAUACUUUUAAGGUGGAGGUGUCUUACAUGGAGAUCUACAAUGAGAAGGUCCGCGACCUGCUGGAUCCCAAAGGGAGCCGACAGUCCCUGAAAGUUCGGGAACACAAAGUCCUUGGUCCGUACGUGGAUGGUCUGUCUCAGCUGGCUGUGACCAGCUUCGAGGACAUCGAGGUGUUAAUGUCAGAGGGGAACAAAUCGCGCACAGUUGCAGCCACCAACAUGAACGAGGAGAGCAGUCGCUCACACGCUGUCUUCAGCAUCAUUGUCACACAGACACUUUAUGAUCUACAGUCUGGGAAUUCAGGGGAGAAAGUGAGCAAGAUGAGUCUGGUUGACCUGGCAGGGAGUGAGCGAGUCUCCAAGACUGGAGCUGCUGGAGAGAGGCUCAAAGAAGGCAGCAAUAUAAACAAGUCUCUCACCACAUUAGGCUGUGUGAUUUCUGCUCUGGCUGAUCAGUCUGCUGGAAAAGGCAAGGCAAAGUUUGUGCCUUACAGAGACUCAGUCCUCACCUGGCUGCUGAAGGACAACCUUGGCGGCAACAGCAAGACAGCCAUGAUAGCUACAGUGAGUCCAGCGGCUGACAACUAUGAGGAGACUCUGUCCACUCUUCGCUACGCAGACAGAGCCAAGAGAAUCGUCAACCAUGCCGUGGUGAAUGAAGACCCCAAUGCUCGGAUCAUCAGAGAGCUCAGGGAGGAGGUGGAGAAGCUCAGAGUUCAGCUCUCUCAGGCCGAGUCCAUGAAGGCUCCUGAACUGAAGGAGAAACUGGAGGAGUCUGAGAAACUUAUUCAGGAGAUGACUGUCACCUGGGAGGAGAAACUAAGAAAGACGGAGGAGAUUGCCACUGAGCGUCAGAAGCAGUUGGAGAGCAUGGGCAUCUCUUUAGAAACAUCUGGGAUUAAAGUGGGUGAAGACAAGUCUUUCCUCGUCAAUCUAAAUGCUGAUCCUGCCCUAAAUGAGCUAUUGGUCUACUACCUGAAGGAGCACACACGUGUGGGCGCAGACACGUCUCAGGAUAUCCAGCUCUUUGGGAUUGGGAUCCAGUCGGAGCACUGUGUCCUGGAGCUCUGCCCAGAUGGUGAUGUCACCCUGAUGCCCAUAGGGAAUGCCAGAACGUGUGUGAACGGAACAAUGAUUGAUUCCUUGGUGCACCUGUGGCACGGAGACCGGAUUUUAUGGGGCAACAACCACUUCUUCAGGAUCAAUCUGCCUAAGCGAAAGCGGCGGGACCGUUUGAAGGAGCUGGAGAGAGCUUCUCCCAGAGAGAGCUUCGUCGAGGCAGAUGUGGAGACCGCCAGCGAGGCCUCUUCCGAGCAGGACUACAGCUAUGAGUUUGCCCAGAUGGAGGUCAUGAUGAAGACUCUUGGGAACAAUGAUCCCAUGCAGAAUGUGGUCCAAGUGUUGGAGAAGCAGUACCUGGAGGAGAAACGGACGGCUCUGGAGGAGCAGAGGAUGAUGUACGAGCGAGAGCUAGAGUCUCUGCGGCAACAGCUGUCUCCUGAAAAAACACCACAGCACCACCGCAGCAGCAGUGACCGCCUUACGUUCCCGACACACACAUCACACAGCAAGCUCCGACUGUGGACGGAGGAGCGGGAUGAACUUUUUCGUCAGAGUCUUUCUCGACUCAGGGAGCAGGUUGUGAAAGCCAACACCUUGGUGCGAGAAGCCAACUUUUUGGCAGAAGAGAUGAACAAACUGACUGACUAUCAGGUCACCCUUCAGAUUCCUGCCGCCAACCUCAGCGCCAAUCGCAAGCGUGGAGCGAUAGUGAGCGAGCCGGCCAUCCAGGUGCGGAGGAAAGCGAAGGGGACCCAGGUGUGGACCAUCGAGAAGCUGGAGAACAAACUGGUGGACAUGAGAGACCACUACAGGGACUGGAGGGAAGGCACAGAAGAGAUGUGUAACAAAGCAAACAGUAAGCACUGUGAUCCAUUCUACGAGGCGCAAGAGAACCACAACCUGAUAGGAGUGGCCAACAUUUUUCUGGAGUGCCUUUUCCAUGAUGUUAAACUGCAAUAUGCUGUCCCCAUCAUCAGCCAACAAGGAGAGGUAGCAGGCAGGUUGCACAUUGAGCUGAUGCGAGUCAGUGGUGCCUUACCAGAGCGCCUGUCCGGCGGAGACGACUCAUCCGAAAACUCCAGCGAGAGUAGCUGCUACGAGGUCAUGGACAACAACGGGGAGAUCGUCCACAUGGCCAAGAGGCUAACGUGCAGGGUGCGGAUCAGAGAGGCUACAGGUCUGCCGCUCAACUUGUCCAACUUUGUCUUCUGUCAGUACACCUUCUGGGAGCACGGCGAGCCCACCGUGGCUCCUCCCAUGGUCAGCCCAGACAGACCUUCCCCUCGAAGCCCAGAUGCCCAGUUCACUGUCCAGUUUGAUCACUGCAAGGACUAUGUUGUGCAUGUGACGGACGAGUUUUUAGAGUUUAUAUCAGACGGAGCAUUGGCCAUAGAAGUUUGGGGUCACCGCUGUGCUGGGAAUGGACGCUCACUCUGGGAGUUAGACGCACUAGAGGCCAAGACCCAGACGCUCCGAGACAGGUGGAGUGAGGUGUCUCGCAGGAUCGAGCUUUGGAUCUCCAUCCAGGAGCUAAAUGAGCAGGGAGAGUACUCAUCUGUGGAGCUGCAUUCUGGAAAAGACAUUAGCACAGGAGGAGUCUUCCAACUCCGACAGGGUCACUCCAGGAGGCUGCAGGUGUGUGUGAAACCAGUCCAGAACUCAGGCACUCUGCCUCUGCUGGUUGAGGCUUUGCUGUCCGUCUCUAUUGGCUGUGUGUCGGCUCGCUCCACCAAACUACAGAGACCUCUCGACAGCUACCAGAGAGAGGCGGAAGAGGAUAUGGAUAGUUAUCAGGAGGAAGAUCUCAACUGUGUUAGAGAGCGCUGGUCAGAAGCCCUGAUCAAACGUCGGGAGUAUCUUGACGAACAAAUCAAGAAAAUCAUCAACAAACAUGAGAAGUCAGAGGAGGACAUUGAGCGCGAAGCUCGGCUGGUGGAGCAGUGGGUUGGACUGACUGAGGAGAGAAAUGCAGUGCUGGUACCUGCACCUAGCAGUGGCAUCCCUGGAGCUCCCGCAGACUGGACCCCACCUGCAGGAAUGGAAGCUCAUAUCCCUGUUCUCUUCCUGGAUUUGAAUGCGGAUAAUCUGACAGUGAACGAACAGCUGACCGGCCCACAUGCUGCAGGUGUUAACUCUAUCCUGCCUAAGGAGCAUGGAAGCCAGUUCUUCUAUCUGCCCAUCAUCAGGCACAGUGAUGAGGAGGUGUCAGCAGUGUGCUCCUGGGAUUCAUCCAUCCAUGAUUCUGUGCACCUCAACCGGGUCACGUCUCCUAACGAACGCAUCUACCUGAUCAUCAAAGCCACGGUGCAGCUCAGCCACCCUGCCUCUAUGGAGCUGGUGCUCCGCAAGAGGAUUGCUGUCAACAUCUACAACAAACAGAGUUUCACUCAGAGCCUCAAGAGAAGAAUGUCCCUAAAGAACACACUUUACUCCUGUGGUGUGACUUAUGACAUCGUGUCUAACAUACCAAAGGCAUCAGAGGAGCCAGAGGAGAGGGAAACCUUGGCCCUCAUGGCUGCUCGCGGUGACAGUGAGGAGACUCAGGAUGGAGAAACCUACAUUGAGAAAUACACACGGGGAGUUCUGGAAGUGGAGAACAUCCUCAGUCUAGAGAGGCUACGCCAGGCUGUGACAGUGAAGGAAACACUGGCUACUAAAGGGAGACACCUGAGAAGGAGUAUCAGCACACCAAAUGUACAGCAUUCUUCGUGUAGUAAAACAGACCUGACAGGCUGUGAGGAUGAAGACUGUAAGGACCACUGCGAUCAUGCGGACAGCUCCACCUGCAAUCCCCAGGAUGGCUCCCUUUGCAGCACACCCAUCAAAAUCAAGGAGAACCAAGGUUUGGUUCCAGAGAGUCCUACCUUUUUCAACUCCAGCCCCUUCAAAGUCCUCUCCCCUCAGCCACCCAAGUUCCUCAAGUCUCUGCUGCCUGUCAAAGAAGAGAACAAGGCAAAGAAAGCCCUGGAGGCCCGGCCGCUGCUGGGACAAGAGCUCCAUGCAUGCUGUGUGUGUGUGUGUGAAGUGUGUGCUGUUAUUCUGACCCAUCCGCAGAGCAUGCGCUCAUGUGUGGACAGCCCUGCACUGCUCCCCCCUCCCUGUCCCUGGCGCCGACCCAGGGCAGGCAGCGAGGGCCACUGCAAGCCUUCCACCUCCACCUCCACCCCCACCUCCACUCCCAUCAGCAGACAGCUCAGCCACACACUGCCACGCACUGCUGACUCUGAGGACGAGGAGACAGAUGUGGACAUGACUCUAAAUCUCGAUCGGGGCCCUCAGGACCACAGCAGCUUCCAGCCUUAUAUUCCAGAGGACUUUGCAAAUUUUGAGAUCUACAACGCCACUCUGGAGAGCCAGGAGGGGUUUCUAUCCUCCCGUUCUGACUUGAAGGGAAGCCGGUGUGGAGGUGGGAGCGGCGAGAGAGAGGUGUCCCGAAGCCCCACUGCCAGCAGUUGCACUAGUGGCUACUUUUCACACAGUGCCUCCAAUGCCACACUGUCUGACAUGCCUUUCAGUGCCAGUGAGAGCUCUGACCACCUCAGCUGCACCUCCAGAGACCCCCAUGACCCCCUCGGCUGUCCUGCUGGACGAGGCAGCACCCAAACCAAAAGUGUUUCUGCAGGGAGUGAUGCCCAGCCGCCUCCUCUCUCAGCCGGUGGGGUCCAGGAUCUGCUCACCCACCCUCAGGGCUCCUCACCUGUCGGUAUUCCUAAUUGCACAGACAAGCAGCAAACAUUCCCUCUUCCUCAUAACUGUGUUCUCAGUACCAGCCAGGAGUUCACUGACUUUAAAGGGGCUGAUGACAGUAUUGGAGAGAGUGAUUUAGCACAUUUUACAGAGGGAUGGGAGCAGGAGGGAUUGGAGCAGAAGAAACCAGAUAACGUAGAAAUAUGUAACACUGACGAUCGACACACCUCUGUUGUCUGUGGUAUUAUCGACACAUCCAAUCCUGAAGAUGCAAUAAGCAAAUGUACUAAUAAUGAAGACUCUGUUAGUGUACCGGUGUCCUGCCCUAACACAACUGUAGUUUGCACUUCAGUCAGGACCCCAAUAAGUGCACCUGACAAAGUCCCGGCACCAUCUCCAGCCCAAAUAAUUCCCUCUGCAUCAGUCCCACCCCCAGCAUCACCAUCCCCAGUCACCCCUUCGUCUACAGCCCCAUCCUCUGCCCCAGCUCCACGAGCAGGAGGAGAACCUCCGAUCCAGGAGCCAGCUCAGGGAGAUCUGCCCCACGGGAGUCCUUGCCCCAGUCCUAAUCCCAGCAGUGCCGAGCCCUCAGGGGACUCUAGCGGGGAUGAGAGCACCCCUGUAGCUCAGCUUCCUGACUGGAUGGCCCCUGGGGAGCAGGUGUGGGUGGGGAAGAGGAGAGGUACAGUCCACUAUGUUGGAGGCGUAGAGUUUGCAAAGGGGAUCUGGAUUGGUGUGAAGCUGGAUAUGGCAGUGGGUAAGCACAAUGGGACUGUCCAGGGCAGAGUGUACUUCCGCUGCCCUCCAGGCCAUGGUGUGUUUGUCAAGCCAUCUCGUCUCACCAGAGGACCUCCUUCCAUGGACACAGAACCCCAGACUCUGAUCAGAUAAGAUCCAAAGCAGGACCAUCUUUCUGAGGAAAAGCAGAGACCUGACAUUGAUCCUCAGAACCGGUGCGUAUGGAUGAACCGCAGGCUGACUUCAGUAUGGCUCCUUACCUUCCAUCCCUUUCACCAAUCAAGUCUCUGAGCUGAUAUAUUCUGUAGGUGUGUCUGCUUUCCUGAAGCGUAAAUGCUGACCUGUGCAUUUCAUGAAGGUAUAUCCUGAUUACUGUUCACUGAAACUUCUCUAUGCACAUAUCUGAGUUUUCUAUAUGGCGAUAUUUUUGAUAGAGAACUUAACUUUUAACUGGGAGUCCAUAUGAAAAUACUACCCACAUACUUUUUAUUACAUUGGUUUCUGAAAAGUAUAUAUAAUAUUUUUAUAAGACAAUGCAUCCUCCCCUGAGGCUCAUAGUGGAGUAAUCUGGGACAUGAAGAUUAAGAAUGUACUACUGUUAAUAAACAUCAAUAUUUACAUUAAUAUGAUAUGUCAGGGGUAACCAAAGAACUACGGUUCCAUAUCUGCUGUUAUGAGUAAUAUGUUAUUUUUGUAAUGUACAUUUGUGGAGGUAUUCACAAUAUAUCUAUGUGUCCAAGUAAAGCUUAGUGCCAUAUCUCUAGGAGUAAUGCCACAUACCCUGAACAGAGGACAAAUCUGCAAAACCUGACUUGGCUUUCAGUGUUUGAAUGCAGUUAAUUAAAUUAUCCUGUUGAAGUACUGUAACACUGUGGAGGAAAUAAUCCCCAUCCAGCAUGAGACUGUUGCUGUUUGAACGCUUGCACUGGAAAGGAUUCUUGGAGAGUUCACAGACUGUCUUCCGUAUUGGACUGGUGAAAUGUUUUCUAACUGAACUGACUGAAGAAACGCGUCAUCACUUUAAUCCAUGGGACGAAGCAGCUUGGCUUUGUAUGAGGCCCGGAUAUACUGAUGCCUUAUUUCCCCGUUCCCACAAAGAAAGGCACAUAAACCCCAGACUGCUCAAUGGACUCCUUGACACGUUCACUGAGUUUAUAAACAAUAACAAACUUCAUGGACCUGAAACCUGUGUAUGUAUAUCAUGAAGCCCAGAGGCAUUCAAAAUGCCAUCCAGCCUCGCUGACUGAUUGAUUGAAUACUUUUUUUUCUUUUUUUUUUAACUGACUGUCCAUCUGCAUUUUAUAUGUUAACUGACUGAUGUAUAACACAAGGUACUCAAUAAUGCAAAUUUUCACCUGGGGGAUUGGAUGACUGGGUGAUGGACAGUAUCAGGUGAGAGAAAACGGUGCAAAAGUAGUUUAGUUAACAAAGAAAAGUUGUCUGAUGAACCUAAGUUUUUAUGGAAGUGGUGAACUGUGGAACUAACUAGAAAUAGUUAUAUAUUCAAGCUGUUAUUUCAAGUAAAUGAAAGAAACCCAAGACCUUACUUUAAAGAAGAGAACAAAGCUGCUCUCCCUCAUAAGGAGUUGUAAAUAGAAAUGUAUUUGAACAUAGUAUUUACAUUAUUAUAAUGUACAGAAUUGUAUUUAUAAUGUAUCUCAAACUGUUUUAAUUGGUACAAAAUGUUCUAGAAUAGAACAUUUACAAUCAGCGUGCUGUGUUGACUCUUUAUUCAUUCAUCAUUUUUGUGUAUUAUGUAUGUUUUAGUAGUAAAGCACAAUAUUUUAGUAAAGCAGACACUGGGUAGACAAUGUGUUCAUCCCUUGCGUUUCCUUGUGCUUCCAAAAGAGAUACUGUGAAGGAUUUUUGAUCAUCUUCACAACGUGCAAGGAUUAAACAUUUCCCAUUAUUUAUUCACCUCACUGACAUAUAUUUCUAGGAAAUGUAUAUAUAUAUUUUUUAUCUUUGUGCUGUAAUGUCCCAUUUUAAAUACAGUU